AUGCCAAAAAUCCUAAAUUUAAAAAAAAUUCAAAAAAGAAAGAACAAAGGAGCAUUACAUCCUCGAUCUCGAAAAGCUAAACAGAUCCAGCGUUCAGUUGAUAGGGACAUUCGUCUUAAAAAAGCGCAAAAAAACCGUGAAAAAGAAAGAGAAAGACAAAUUAGCCGUUGUAUUUACUUUAAAUCGUAUGUUGAAUUAGAAAACAUUACAAAAUUAAAUAUGGAUGAAUUAGGUUCUCUAAUUGAAAAAUAUAUUAAUCGAAAUGAGACAAAAAUACAUGAAAAGCCAUCAUCCAAUGUUCAUCAACAUCUUUCUUCUAAGCAAAUAGCGUUGAAACAUUUACUAGACAAUGAACAAAACGAAUAUAAAAGUGGAUUUCGAGUACCAGAUCUAACGGAUCCAGAAAAUGUAAUUGCAUUAAAAAAAUGGUCUGGAAACUAUAACGAUCUUCAUAUUUUAAAAUUUAUUCAUUUUCAAAAAAAAGUCUAA